GAUUGUUUUAAUUUUAUAAAGUAUCUCAGCUGAUAAUGAUAGGAGUUUGACUUUGUACCUUUCUAUGCAGAAAUAGUUGAAGAACGAAGAUCAAAUGGAGAACACCGGAAUAUUGAAAGGAAAGACCAUUUUUAUAACUGGAGCUUCUCGUGGCAUUGGAAAAGCAAUUGCUUUGAAAGCAGCUAAAGAUGGUGCAAAUAUAGUUAUUGCAGCUAAAACAGCAGAUCCACAUCCUAAGCUACCCGGCACAAUAUAUACUGCAGCUGAAGAAAUCGAAAGAGCUGGCGGAAAAGCCUUACCUUGUAUUGUUGAUGUUCGAGAUGAAGAACAGGUAAAAAAAGCAGUAGAUGCAGCUGUAGCGAAAUUUGGAGGUAUUGAUAUUUUAAUAAAUAAUGCCAGUGCUAUUUCUUUAACACACACAUUGGACACUGAUAUGAAACGAUAUGAUCUUAUGCAUAAUAUUAACACAAGGGGAACAUUUUUAGUUUCCAAAAUAUGUUUACCGUAUCUACUGAAAAGUAAACAUGCUCACAUACUCAAUAUAUCUCCACCACUUUCUAUGAGGCCCAAAUGGUUUGGUAACCAUGUUGCUUAUACAAUGGCUAAAUAUGGUAUGUCUAUGUGUGUGUUAGGCAUGGCGGAGGAAUUCAAAGACAUGAAUUUAGCUGUUAAUGCCUUAUGGCCACGUACUGCUAUACAAACGGCUGCAAUUGAUUUGAUAUCAGGUCCAGAAGCAGCUAAAUAUUCACGUAAAGCAGAUAUAAUGGCAGACGCAGCUUAUGCUUUGUUGUCAAAGAAACCUGAUAGUUGUACUGGUAAAUUUUUAAUAGAUGAGGAAGUGUUGUUAGAGGCCGGAGUUAAGGAUUUGAAACAAUAUGCAUGUGUUCCAGAAAAUGCUGAUAUGUUGAUUGAAGACUUUUUCUUGGAACCUCACCAUUCCAAAUUAUAGUAUUAUAUAUACAAGUGAAAAUCGGGGGUGUUGGUAUUCUGGGGAUAACAUUUUGUUUUAUUAACAUGAUAAUAAUGUAAAAUUAAUUUGAGAAUAAACUUUUAUAUAUGUACAUUCUAAUUAAAAACUGAAACAUGCAGUAUCAUAUAUGUAUGAACUAAUAGCAAAACAUAACAGGAUAACCAAUUACUGAUAUAUAUAU